AUCGGGGCCCACCCCCACGAGGGGCGGGGCCGAGGAGCGGGAGGCGGGCAGUCACGCUCCUGUCAUCACGGCCCUGCGGGGCCCACCCAGUGGGGGCCGGGCCCGGCGGCUGGGCCAGUUGGGUCACUGUUCUCUGUGGAGCCCAGAGAAGAUGCCCCACUCAGGAGACCCCAGCAUCAGGACGCGUGUCCUCUGGGACUGCCCAGUGGGGACCCCGCCUGUGCCUUUUCUGGAGUCCGGAGUUGGAGCGCUGUGUCACGGAGCCAAUCGCACCGCACCCCGCACCUGGACAAUCCGGCGGUCUGGGUUCCGUUUUUCUAGAAACCCGAAUCUCGAUUCCCGAGAGCGAGAGGCGCCGGGCGCCGAGCGUCCGUUCACGCACUCUGACGCAUGCGUGGCACUUGUCAGAGUCGAGAAAGCCGCGGCCCAGAAGGCACCGCCCCUCGGGCGACGUCCUGUCCCUCUUUCUUGUCUCACAGGGCCUCCCAGGCGAGGGCACUCACAGUCUCCUUACUCUCAGAGGGCGGGAACCGUGUCCUGGCCUUCCAUUGGUCCGACCCGCGUCACCGUUGUGUCGGGAUUGGCCAGCUCUUGCCCCUCUUCCCGCCCUUCCUGAGACUUCCGCUUCCGGUUCUGACGGCUGCUUCGGGUGUAACGAUGAUCGGAGAUAUCCUGCUGUUCGGGACGCUGCUGAUGAACGCUGGGGCCGUGCUCAACUUUAAACUGAAAAAGAAAGACACUCAGGGCUUUGGGGAGGAGUCGGAGCCCAGCACAGGCUGUUUGGCUCCUGAGCCCCAGAGGCAGAACCGGAAUCGCUGGCCCUGACGUGGACUCUGCACUUCUCAUUCCUCCUAACUUCAAGGGCGAUUUUAGAGCAAACCGGCGAGUGACCCAGCAGGCCGCAGCUUGAGGGGCAGGAGCUCCCAGGACAGGUUGCGUGCGACACAGUAACUCCCCGAGCAGGGAGGAGUGGCUGGAGGGCCCGGCCCGGUCUGGACCACUGCUGCGGGGCACCUCCUCGCGGGCCUCUCCCAGGGCCCUGUUUCCAGGUGUUCCUUGGUUUGCUUUUAAUAAUCUUCUUUUGGUCCAAAUCAUGUGGCUUUUUACAAAUUAUGUGAAGACCGGAGCAGAAGUGUCGCCCAGGCACUGCCAGGUUCCUCCCACGUGCUGCCCUGUGGCCUGACCACUAGGUCCUGCAGCUGAGGUCACUGCAGGACUUAUGGCAUAGGCUACCUGUUAGCCAGCCUGGGUGAUGUGUCGCUGAUUUCUGAGGAAGGGGAGCACAGAUGGUUGGUGGUAGCUAGUGGGCAGCUAGAAGAUCUGCUUUGCUUUGAAUGCCUUGGCUAAAUAAAGGAAACUUGGGAGCGUCAACACA